GAAUGGUUCUAAAUUGCAUUAAAAGCAUAGUUUUAUUGGACCUCGUCACCCAGCAUACAUAAUCUGGGUUGAAUAUGGCCGAGUGGAAGUGCUAAAUUGGAUCAGCAAAAUUGAUUUAUUGCCGAAAUAGUUUUCCUCGCUAUAUGCUGUUAGACGUGGUUGACUCAUUAGGAUAUUGUAUUUUUUUCUAUGCUGCUGGUAUGCUUCCAUCAAGUAUUUGCUGCUUCGUCUGCGUUGUACUGGCGAUCAUGAUGAAACAAAUUAUGUUCGUUCAUUCCGCUUCAAUACGAAGUUACGAGCAAUACGAUGACAAUUGGGCGAAGGAGCCAGAAGAUGUUUUGAUCGAUCUUAUCACCAGAUAUGGUCAGACGAUUAUGCGAGCAAGGAAUGAUUUAGAAAACUCGAAACGUACUGUAGAUUUUGGAUUGUCCAGAGGAUAUUCAGGUGCUCAAGAGGCAAAGCAUAGGAUGGCAAUGGCUGUGGCAAACUUUGCAGGUGGACCUGGACGAAAACGUAGAGUAGACCACAGAAAUGCAGAAGACUAAAAAAACUCUGGUGAUUAAAUUAAGUAUGGAUCUCAUAUGUACUAAAACUACAAACACAGUUAUCCAGGUACAAUAACAAAUACAUUAGUGGGGAUUUUACCUUUUCUAAUACAAUUUUUAGUCUUAUUUAAAGGCAAGUUUUUUCAUAAGAUGACUCAAUACUACUAUUACAAUACCUUACUACCAACACUAAAUUACAAAUACAAACACAAACAAUUUAAUACGUGACUAUAACAUAUGAGAUCCAUAUGGAAUUGACUAAGUGCAAAUAUACAAACCCCAAAUACGCAAUAAUUUGUUGCAAUGAACAGAGUCUUUGAACAUUUUGUCAUUUUGUAAAAUAUUAGCAAUUUAAAAUAAUAGCAAUAACAUAUGUUGAUUACAAUCGCAGCAAUAGGUAUAAUUAUUUUUAUACAUGUAUAAUAUUGAACUCUGAAAAUAAAAUGUCUGAUACUUGUAA